AUGAGCGCAACGCGUCCCUCUGCAGCCUCUCCUGCCUCGCCAACCCACCUGCAACACCAAAACUCGGGUCCCUCGAGCGCUCCAGGCAGCCCAGCAGACAUCACAAGCAGUCCAGAACACGCUUUUACAAAUAUUUCUUCCCCCGCAAAUCUUUCUCCGCUCUCCAGCCCCGUCAGGCCCACAAACGACUCGGCGACCGACGCGACGCACGCCAUUGACGGGCCCACGAGUCCAAGUCCUACUACUACAGCUCAAAAUGUAGAUCUCGUCGCGUUAUCACCCGACACGAGCCCUCCAGACGCUCAGAACGUGACCAGUCCGUCAGCGAGCGUCACCACUGCUCCCAUGGAAGUCGUCGAGGACGAGAUUGGUGCGGCUCUUGAACUCGAUGCAAACGAAGAAUACAUGAACGAAGACUAUAUGCAGGACAUUCGACGCGUCAAGGUCUACGAGCUCGCUGGUCAAAACUGGCGAGAUCUCGGCACCGCAUUUUGCUCUGGAGAGUUUGACGAAACGAUCCGAGAAGCACAAUUAAUCGCAAAAUCGGAAGAGUCGCAGGAGAUUCUGCUCCAAAUUACCGUUCGGGCCGACGACGUCUACCAGCGUCAAGCUGAUACUCUCAUUGUGUGGACAGAACCAAACGGCCAAGACUAUGCGCUUAGCUUUCAAGACGUAGAGGGAUGCACCGAAGUCUGGGACUUUAUCACCGAAGUCCGUCGCCAUCUUCGUGCUGCCCCAGGCGACGACCCAUCGUCUAGCUUUCAUGACCCUAUCCAGACUAUGCAGCCCAUUCGCUUGCCAGAACCCACGCUAGGGAACUUGGGGGACAUUGAACGACAGAUCAGAGCCGUUCAUCGCUUAGGCCAGAUUCGAGAAAGGGUGGCCGAGAAUAUAGUCUCUAUGGAUAUGGUCAAGAAGCUUGUAGCGUUGAUGAGGGACGCCGAGGAUUUACAAAGCAUCUCUGAUCUGCACGCCCUCUGCACACUCAUGCAGGCCAUCCUCCUCUUGAACGAUCAAGGCGUGUAUGAACACAUCCUCCGAGACGACAUCUUUGUUGACAUGGUCGGUCUAAUGGAGUAUGAUCCCGAUUUUCCGCGGCUAAAGGCACACUACCGCGACUUUCUUCGGGACAACGCCAAGUAUCAUCAAGUGAUCGAGUUUCGAGAUCAGGGCAUCCAAACCAAGGUGCAUCAAACCUAUCGCCUUCUCUACCUCAAGGACGUCGUGCUCGCGCGAAUACUGGAUGACCCGAUGUUCAAUAUUCUCAACUCGCUCAUCAUCUUUCAUCAGAUUGAUAUCAUCACCUAUAUUCAGUCCGAAGAAUAUUUCCUUCGCGAAAUGUUUUCCAUCUUCCUCCAGCAUCCGCGUCCACCGACAGCAAAAUCCGAAGAAGGGGCAGUCGCAGAAGAAGAAGAAAAAGAGCAGACUUUGAAAGAGGACAAACGUGCGCCAGCGCUUCUUCUCCUUCAUCAAUUCUGCAGCAUGGGGAAGAAUGUCCAGCUUCCUCUGCGCAUCAGCUUGUUCCGUUCCCUCGUCGACAGGGGGAUUCUCUAUCCGGUUCAAUGGGCACUAACACAAUCCGACAUUAAAGUGCUUAAUACGGCGGGGGAAAUUCUGGCCAUGGUCCUCGACCACGACGCGGGAGGUGUCCGGGGUUAUAUUCUCAGACAAGUUGAGGAGAAUGCCAGGCGGGAAGGAACCGUGACGAUGACGCAGCAGCAACAGCAGAGUAGUAUUCUCGGUGGUCUUGUUGGUGCACUGGCUAGCACGCUUUCGACACAGCCGACUCCGCCACCGCAAGAGCCCGCCUCCUCGACACCACCGCAGCCUACGCUUCUCAUGCUGUUGUGCUCGAUUAUCACGAAUCCAGAGCACGAAAUCUCGCUCAAGACUCAGCUCGCCGAGUCAUUCAAAACGUUGAUGGAUGUCCCCGGUCUGGACGGAAACCUCCCUGGUCUCAAACUCUUGCAGCCGGCGCUGCGCAAAGAUGAACAGUCGGAUCGAUUCCUGGAAUACUUCUACACCAAUUGUGCGGAAGAUUUAUAUAAGCCGAUCCUGACCAGUGUGCCGGAGCACAAGACGGUUCAAGCGUAUCCGCUACAGCUCACGAGAGCCCAGUCCGAUCUGUAUCUCUACCUGUGUGACUUAUUGUCCGGAUUUUUAUUACAACACUCGUAUCAAAGCCACUUUUUCGUCACCACGAAGAACCUAGCACCACGGAUCGCCUCUUUACUUUAUGCUCGGGAAAAGCAUUUACGGCUGGCCGCUCUGCGGUUCUUCCGGACAUGCCUGAGGCUCAACAAUAAUAGUGUACUGCUCCAUCUCACACGGAAUGAGGUGUUCUCGCCCAUUCUCGAGUUGACAAAACGCGAAUCGUCAAGAGACAAUUUGCUCAGUUCAUGUUGUCAAGAGUUCUUUGAGCAUAUUCGAAGGGAGAAUGUCAAGGAUGUGAUGAAUCACAUUAUGAAGACGCGUGAGCCCCUGGUGCGGCAGUUGGCAACUUCCCCUGUGGUCGGCGAGCGUUUCCGCGGACUAAUACAACGCUGGGAGAUCAACAAUGAACCGCCGCCAAAGGUCGAGAUCAAGCCGACACCAAACCCUCCCAAGCGAUGGGGAACCCGCGCUGUCGAUGCAGAGGAUGCCUAUUUCAAUGCCGAUGAGGAUGAGGGUGGUGCAACCGCCCGACAGACGCGCGGCCAAGGACGAAAACGCGGGAUGCCGACUGGUGUGGCUGGCAACGCGCCUCCCAGGCGUACACAACGACCUACCGGUGUUGCCAUUCCACGAGCAUACCCUAUGGCGCUUGUGGACUAUCAAGAAGAGGACGAGUCGAACGAGCCAGCGGCAGCGGCCUCUCCGUCUACAUCCUCUGGCAAGCCCUCGGAUCAGCAAGCACGUACUCGCGGGCGGACUCGAAGAACAGAUCUUGCGAGAACGGCAUCGUCUGCUACGCUGGAUCCCAACGCCCCUGGAACCGCGGGUGCAGCGAGUCCAACGGCGUCCACCUCUGCGGGUGAUCAACCCAUGAGCCUACUCUCGCAAAGGAGAAAUGCGACGACGGAGAUUGGGCCCGUGGCCAUGGACGAGGAUGAUGAUCUAAUCGGGCCCCCAAUUUCCCUUAGCCAUAAGCGACGACGAGAUACGGAAGAAGAGGAUGAGGCGAUGGAACGGCUUGCGAAGCGACCUGCACUUGGACACACGGCUGAGAAGACGGAUUCGAGCCCCUCCUCAUCCUCGUCGCCGGCGGGUGCUGCGUCCACCAGUACGGUGUCCACUGCGGCUAAUGGGAGCGCAGAGACGGCAGUGAUGGAAGCAGAGAGCUCUGCUGCUGAGCCUGCAAGAGGCACCAAACGGCCUGUGCGCGUCAAGCUUUCAAAUGCGCUGUUAAGCACCCCACCUGCCGAUGUCAAAGUAGGCGACAAAGGAUGA